GCGCUCCGCGCAUGCGCAGCGCGGCACGGAGCCGGAGAGGCGGCGGUGGCAGCGGGGAAAUGGCGGCCGCGGGGCUGGCGGCGCCGGAGGGCGGCUCCGCCGUGAUGCCGCUGGGCACCGCGGUAGCGACGGCGGUCUGUCCUCCUCCGGCGGGCCCCGGCUCGUGGAGCCGUUCCUUGGACCGAGCUCUGGAAGAAGCGGCGGCCAGCGGCACGCUCAGCUUGAGCGGCAGGAAGCUCCGCGACUACCCGCGGGCCAGCGCCGCCAACCACGACCUCAGCGACACCACCCAGGCCGAUUUGUCACGGAACAGACUGUCAGAGCUUCCAGCAGAAGCGUGUCACUUUGUCUCCCUUGAGAGCCUUAAUGUGUACCAGAACUGCAUUCGAUAUAUCCCAGAGGCUGUUUUGAACUUACAGUCUUUAACAUUUCUAAAUAUCAGCCGAAACCAGCUUUCAACAUUGCCAGUACACCUCUGUAGUCUACCACUAAAAGUUUUGAUAGCAAGUAAUAAUAAAUUGGUUUCAAUACCUGAAGAAAUAGGACAGCUCAGACAGCUGACAGAGCUCGAUGUGAGCUGUAAUGAAAUACAAACAAUACCUCCGCAGAUUGGCAAUUUGGAAUCCUUACGGGACCUAAAUGUCAGAAGAAAUCAUCUGGUGCGUUUACCUGAAGAGCUCGCUGAGUUGCCUUUGAUUCGGUUAGACUUCUCCUGCAAUAAAAUAACAACGAUCCCAGUUUGUUAUAGGAAUCUCAGACAUCUGCAAACCAUCAUGUUAGAGAACAACCCUCUCCAGUCACCCCCAGCACAGAUAUGUAUAAAAGGAAAAAUCCACAUAUUUAAAUACCUGAACAUAGAAGCAUGCAAGAUAGCUCCAGACUUGCCCGAUUAUGAUAGGAGACCCAUGGGAUUUGGAUCUUGCCAUGAAGAACUUUAUUCCAGUCGUCCUUAUGGAGCACUUGAUUCUGGCUUUAACAGUGUGGACAGCGGAGACAAAAGAUGGUCAGGGAAUGAACCAACAGAUGAGUUUUCAGACCUCCCUUUACGUGUGGCAGAAAUCACUAAAGAACAGCGACUGCGAAGAGAAAGUCAGUAUCAAGAAAACCGGGGCAGCACAGUUGUAACUAAUGGUGGAGUGGAACAUGAUCUCGAUCAGAUCGACUAUAUUGAUAGCUGUGCCACAGAAGAGGAGGAGGAAGAGGUGAGGCAACCCAAGUGCAUGGACUCAGACAGCCUCAGCUCACAAUUCAUGGCAUAUAUUGACCAGCGGCGAAUCUCUAAUGAGGGCUCCCCAGUAAAGCCUGUAUCCGUAAGAGAAUUUCAAAAAACGGAAAACAGAUAUUUACACCAAAAUAGGGAUACUGAUGAAUUACGAAGACCUGAAACCCUAAAUUUGGUGCAGGACAGAGAGCAUCACCAAAUACUAAGGAGUUAUGUGGACAGGACAGAGAGGCCCCCAGCUGAUUCACCUUAUUUUCUCUCUCUAUCAAGUCACCACAGUCAGGUGCCCAAUACAGAUCCCGAGCUGCACCGCAGGCACAUAGAGCGUACCCGUCGAGAGGCACAGCUAGCAGCACUUCAGUACGAGGAGGAAAGGAUGAGAACGAAACAGAUCCAGAGAGAAGCUGUUCUUGACUUUGUUAAACAAAAAGCAUCUUUAAGUACCCAGAAGCAAAGUCCUCUGGAUAGUGAGUGUCCCUUUCCAUCCAGAAGGUCUCAGCAUACUGAUGAUAGUGCCUUGUUAGUGAAUGGCUUUGAGCCUCUCUUUGUGUUUGAGAUUGACAAUAACACCAAUACCAUUAAAAGAAGGCCAGGGACUCGCAAACAGUCACGCUCAGGGUUGAAUCAAGAGAGCUGUGCUACUAGCCUGCCCAAUGCUUCUACCUUCAGUCCUGUCAAGAGUGAUGACAGAUCUACCAUCUCUCCUGGCUCACCUACCACUCAGACAGUCCACCUUUCCCCUCCAUAUCCUGGUCAUGCAGCCCCGCCUUCCUAUAGAAACCCUUCCCAGCGACCUGAGAGUUUCCUUUUCCGAACAGCUGUCAGGGAUGAAGCAAACAAAGUGGUUACUUCAUCUUCUCCACAUGCCUUGUCUCCCGCUAAUGACUGUGCAGACCCCAGAGUCAGACAAAACUCCAAACAGCGCGAAGAGGAGCUGGAGCUAAUAGAGCAGCUCCGUAAGAAUAUUGAAUCACGGUUGAAAGUGUCACUGCCCAGUGAUCUUGGAGCAGCUCUCACCGAUGGUGUUGUUCUGUGCCAUUUAGCUAAUCAUGUGCGUCCUCGGUCUGUUCCCAGCAUCCAUGUCCCCUCACCUGCUGUUCCUAAACUUACGAUGGCAAAAUGCAGACGAAACGUGGAAAAUUUCUUGGAAGCUUGCAGAAGGAUUGGAGUGCCUCAGGUACAUAUUUCUGUUACUCUCAUGUAAAACCUUCUUUGAAAGAGUUUAUGAAAACAAGAUGACUAAAAGUUUAGAAGGUUCAGGCAUGAGGUGCACUGUACUAUAUAGAUCACACUUAUCUUGUGUUGUCUUCCAGAAUAAAAUAAAGUUGGAAAUAGUUUAUAUAGAGGUUUAUAUAGAUUCACUUACUGCUGUGCCUUAAGUUCUUAACGGUUGGAUGCAGCAUGAGCUUGCCUUUACAACUACAAGGUACAUCUAUAAAGACAAUUAAGUUUUCUCGAGAUCAGAAACUAGGUGGGAUAAAAUUUGGAUGGUGUUUUGCAUCUGUUACUUCCAUUCUAAAACAUUUGGCUUUCCUUCAGAAUAAACCUUUUACACAAGCAUCUGUACUGUCUUACCAAGAAGUCACACUGUUGUUGGCCUUUCUCUGAUGGUAGCUAUCUUUGCAUAGAUCCUAAAUCUUCUCGUUAUGUACCAGUGGUAGAACUCUUACCUUCUGGUAUUCCUUUUCUCUUUGAAACUGGACGAGCUAAGAGGUAGGAACAUAUAAAAUAAUCUGAGUCAAGCUGUCAUGUUGUAUGCUGUCCUAUCCUUUCAACUUUGUCUUAUUCAGCAGCUGUUUCAGUACAAAUAAUUUUGAUACGUCAUGUUUUUCUUUAUUUUUCUUCUAGGGCAUUAAUUGGAUUGGUUUCUUAUGCUGCUAAGUAUUAGUGUUUUUGUUGUAGGUGCUCUUUUCUGUAUUGUGAAAGGGAAAAGUAGAUCCAGUGACUCAUUUCCCUGCUGUUUCUAAAAGCAAUGCUCUCGAGUCAGUCAUGCAGUAUUUUCUGAUAGUUUCGCUGGAAGGCAUUUGAGCCAUUGGGAUUUUCAGCUAGCGUAUUUAUUGAGCUGUCUAGCAAUUUCACAUGGCUCACUGGUGAAUGUCACUGGAACGUGGUGGGGAGGUAAAAGUGAUCAUUACUGCUUUGAGAUCCUUGGCUAUUUUGGUUCCUCUAAGAUAGCUGAGGCUUUGCUUCCCAGGGAUACUGUACAAUGUAAACUCUCCUGGGGCAAAAUUGUUCAAUUCCAUCCCGGCUUCCCUAUUUAUAGCUCUCAGAUAAGUAGAUUAACUUUUGUCGGGCUAGAAUAUGAAGCAGGUCACUGAAAUGACCUACAUUUAAAAACAAAACAAAAUAACACUCCAGCAGAAAGUCUCCUAUAGACCCCGUCUGCUACAUAUGCUACAGCUACUAUCUGGAGUCCUCCCAUUUUUCUCAUUUCUCCUGCUUUUGUGUGAAAGAGUUCAAGGAGAAUGUCUCUGGGGAAACUUACUGAAAUACCCCCAGCUGAAUUCUAAGUUGCUCUCACAUAUCUGCAUGACAUGUCUACUGAGAUGGGAAGGUAAGAUAUCUGUAUGAAAGAAUGGCAUGGCAGCCUGAUAUAUGUCUUUGCUGAAAAGAUGCCUGCAGGUAUUUUCUUUGAUUUAAAUUAGAAUUACAAAAAUAAAAGGCUUUCUGGAAGUAUGGAUCUAUGUAGAAAUACUUACCUUCUAAGAGGAAGGCAACUUCAUGUAAAAAAGCUACUUUAGAAAAUGGUAAUUACAGGCAUCGCAGUGAAGCAGCUAUUUCUGCAGGGUUUUGCUAGUUAGAGCUCUUGCAUCAAAAGAAACUGAAGUUAAACAGAUUGGCAUGUGCAUCCAGAUUUCAUUGAUUUACAGCAGUUACCUCUGUGAAAGGGAGGCAAAUGGUACAGUGGGAAUAGUUACAGAACACAAACUAAUUAGUAAUAGAUUAAACUGUAAUUUGUAAUAGAUGUUUCUGCAGAGUACUGCACUGGAGCAUCAAUUACGUACAAAUAACGCCUCGUGCUGUUUUCGUUAAUUAAGAUACAGUGUGAGUACUCAGUGCCAAAAGCAUCUCAGAAAGCUGCAGUCUCUUUCCCCUGAAUAAAAUGGUUUCCCCUAAGGCACGUGUACCCUGCUGUGUUAACAACAAAGAUUGGUACACGCGUAAGGUGCACGGUGACAGACACCUCACCGAACUCCAGGUAGUCGCACUGAGUGCGUUCUUUGUCACGCAGAUUCUUUUAGAGAAUUAAUCUGUUGUGUUAUGCUUCUUGAACAUAGAGGAUAUAUCUGAAAUGUCUGAUGUCUGACUGCUUCGUGGAUGUUGCUAUGGCUAACUGACCUUUUUUUUCUGUCUGUUUUCCCUUCCUGCUCACACACUC